AUGUCUUCCGGUGCCGAGCCGUCGCUCGCCCACAAGAGUGUGGCCGGCAUUCGGACGGCACCGACACAGGAUCAGUCUCCCGCAACACCCCAUGCGCCCUUCCGUGUCACUUCCUCCUCGUACGGUUCGCCCUCGACUCUGCGAGCUGAGGACGACUUUGUGCUUGUAGAGAUUGGGUCCCGGUUCGUUCGCGUCGGGUUUGCCGGUGAUUCUCUUCCCAAAGCUACGCUGUCGAGUGGCCCUGAACAAGGUCGUCGGGUAGGGGACUUCCGGGCAUGGCAACAGAAUGGAAGCCAGUCUUCCGUGGCCGAAUCAGAGUCCGAGUCCGAGUCCGGUGCAUGGGCUCUCGAGCACGAAAUUUGGAGUUUCGAUUUGCGGCAAGUUGAUCUGGGUCUAUUCCACGACAGGCUGGAAAGAACACUUCGAGAAGCAUUUACAAGAUAUUUACUCAUCGACUCACGCCCUCGGAAAAUGGGACUCGUCCUCGACCCCUCUGUUCCGAUUCCCUUGCUAUCGGCUGUCCUUGACACCUUGUUCAACAACUUCCACGUGCCCGUCGUUUCCCUCAUGUCGUCACCGACCAUGUCGGCCGUCGCCGCUGGCGUUCGCUCCGCGCUGGUCAUCGACAUGGGCUGGGCUGAGACGGUGGUCACGAGCGUCUACGAGUACAAGGAGGUCAAGACGACGCGAAGUGUCAGGGGAGGUCGUGUACUCCACGACGCACUCUACAAGCUGCUGCGUGGCCUCCUCGUCGGCGACGAGGCUCCGGACAAGGAGGCGCAGUCCCAUGCAAAGCGGGUCGUGAGCUUUGAAGAGUGCGAAGACAUUCUUUGUCGGCUGAUGUGGUGCCGAUCAUCCGCAUUCAAGCCAUCCCAGCGGCAGUCGUCACAGCUUGACACCGUGCGAGAGCAAGACGAGUCCGAGUCCGAGUCCGAGUCCCCGCACGCCGGUGAGGUGACGGCGGUUCCCUUGCAAUCUACGACUCCGGCCACGACGUUGCCUGUGCCGUUUGACAAGCUCGCCGAUGUCUGCGACGACUCCUACUUCGUUCCUUCAGCUUCCUUGUGCACCUUUGACGACCACGAGCUCCCUCUGCACCAUCUCGUCUACCAUCACCUUCUCCAUCUGCCCGUCGAUGUCAGGGCCGUUUGCAUGUCGCGCAUCCUCUUCACCGGCGGCUGCUCCGGCAUCCUCGGCAUCAGGGAGCGGCUCAUGGAUGAGCUGACGAGCAUGGUGGAGCGGAGGGGGUGGGUGCCGGUCUCGGGGAAGGGAGUGGAACAGCUACGUGCGAACCAGAAGCUGAGGAGGGCGGAUGCUCACAGGUCCAGCGUUUCCCCCGUCGCACCGUCCGAGGGGAGCAACGAGGACCUCGAGCUUGCACCAUCGGAGACCAGCGCGACGGAGUCGUUGGAGGACCUCAUCGAGGCCAAGAUUGCGCGGAAUCGACCUUCGUCGCAGUCGCUGCACGGCCAGCUCCGAUGCAUCCACUCGCUGGGGCCUUGGGCCGGCGCGAGCCUGCUAUGCCAACUGAAGAUCCCGGCCAUGGCCAUGAUCGAUAGGGAGACGUGGCUGCAGCAGGGGGCCAACGGCGCCGUUCGACCGACCGAAGUCGACACCAAGGCUCAGCAGAGGCAGAGCAUGGGCCCGGGCGGCCUGAUGAGAGGAGUUGGAGGGCAUCAUCCCAGCUGGACGCUGGGGGUGUGGGGCGCCCUGUGA